AUGGGCUGCUGUGGAUGUUCCGGAGGCUGCGGCUCCAGCUGUGGGGGCUGCGGCUCCAGCUGUGGAGGCUGCGGCUCCAGCUGUGGGGGCUGCGGCUCCAGCUGUGGGGGUUGCGGCUCCAGCUGUGGAGGAUGUGGCUCCAGCUGUGGGGGCUGCGGCUCCAGCUGCUAUGUGCCCAUCUGCUGCUGCAAGCCUGUGUGCUGCUGUGUGCCAGCCUGUUCCUGCUCCAGCUGUGGCAAAGGGGGCUGUGGCUCUUGUGGGAGCUCCAAGGGGGGCUGUGGCUCUUGUGGGGGCUGCAAGGGGGGCUGUGGUUCUUGUGGGGGCUCCAAGGGGGGCUGUGGCUCCUGUGGGGGUUCCAAAGGGGGCUGUGGCUCUUGUGGGGGCUGCAAGGGGAGCUGUGGCUCCUGUGGGAGCUCCAAGGGGGGCUGUGGCUCUUGUGGGGGCUGCAAGGGGGGCUGUGGCUCUUGUGGGGGCUCCAAGGGGGGCUGUGGCUCCUGUGGGGGCUGCAACGGGGGCUGUGGCUCCUGUGGGGGCUCCAAGGGGGGCUGUGGUUCCUGUGGGAGCUCCAAGGGGGGCUGUGGCUCUUGUGGUUGCUCCCAGUCCAGUUGCUGUGUCCCUGUGUGCUGCCAGUCCAGCUGCUGCAAGCCCUGCUGCUCCCAGUCCAGCUGCUGUGUCCCCGUGUGCUGCCAGUCCAGCUGCUGCAAGCCCUGCUGCUGCCAGUCCAGCUGCUGCAAACCCUGCUGCUCCCAGUCCAGCUGCUGUGUCCCUGUGUGCUGCCAGUGCAAGAUCUGA